GACUAAUUGUAUCGAAAAGAAAGACAGUCCUGAAGUCUUUUUCUGCUGCUGUGAAGGCAACAUGUGCAAUGAACGUUUUUUCUACUUUCCAGAGAUGGAGGUUACACAACCUACUUCCAAUCCUGUCACUUCUAAGCCACCCCUAUUCAGUACCUUGCUAUAUUCUCUGGUGCCUAUAAUGGGAAUAGCGGUGAUUGUAUUAUUUUCAUUUUGGAUGUACCGACAUCAUAAAUUAGCAUAUCCUCCAGUACUUGUACCAACCCAGCACGCCUUUCAUAUAAUGAUAGAGGACCCUGGCCCACCUCCGCCAUCACCACUGAUGGGCCUGAAGCCCCUGCAGUUACUAGAAGUCAAAGCUAGGGGGAGAUUUGGCUGUGUUUGGAAAGCUCAGUUGCUAAAUGAACACGUAGCUGUGAAAAUAUUCCCAAUCCAGGACAAACAGUCAUGGCAAAAUGAGUAUGAAGUCUACAGCUUGCCUGGAAUGAAGCAUGAAAAUAUACUGCAAUUUAUCGGUGCUGAGAAAAGAGGCACUAACAUUGAUGUAGAUUUGUGGCUGAUUACAGCAUAUCAUGAAAAGGGUUCGCUUACAGACUUCCUCAAGGCUAACGUAGUCUCAUGGAAUGAACUGUGUCACAUUGCUGAAACUAUGGCUAGAGGUCUGGCAUACCUUCAUGAAGACAUCCCUGGUCUAAAAGAUGGGCAUAAACCAGCAAUAUCACAUAGGGAUAUCAAAAGCAAGAAUAUAUUGCUGAAAAAUAACCUUACAGCUUGUAUUGCUGACUUUGGCCUUGCUCUAAAAUUUGAAGCUGGGAAGUCAGCAGGUGACACACACGGUCAGGUUGGCACCCGAAGGUAUAUGGCUCCAGAAGUGUUAGAAGGUGCUAUCAACUUCCAAAGGGAUGCAUUUUUGAGAAUAGACAUGUAUGCCAUGGGACUGGUACUUUGGGAGCUAGCUUCACGAUGCACUGCAUCUGAUGGACCAGUGGAUGAGUAUAUGCUACCUUUUGAAGAAGAGGUGGGCCAGCAUCCCUCUCUGGAAGAUAUGCAGGAAGUUGUUGUACAUAAAAAGAAGAGGCCUGUUUUGAGAGAGUGUUGGCAGAAGCAUGCUGGAAUGGCGAUGCUUUGCGAAACGAUAGAAGAGUGUUGGGAUCAUGACGCAGAAGCCCGAUUAUCAGCUGGUUGUGUAGAGGAAAGGAUUAUUCAGAUGCAAAGACUAACAAACAUUAUAACAACAGAGGACAUUGUGACUGUGGUCACUAUGGUGACAAAUGUGGACUUUCCUCCCAAAGAAUCCAGCCUAUGAUAGUUACACCGGUCACGCAUCACGACCAAUGAGACUCUCUGAACUGGAGCUGCUAAGCUAACAGGCCGUUUCUGGUCGACAUAAUUUUCUGUGUGAAAUUUGGAAUGGUAAGUCUGGCUUCAAAGUGUCAGUAGGAAGGUGCUUCCUUGCUCUACUCCAGACAUGGAUCCAGGAGACUUAUUGCAUUCCCUGCAUAUGAAGGACACAAGACGGAGAAGUGGCCGAAUGACAUUAAUGAACAUUUGAGAAGAACAUGGACCUAUCCUGGCUAGUCAAGCAUUUUAAAAGCUGACAUUGUAUUUCCUAAUAUGUCAGAAAAAGACUAAUUCCUUACAAUGAACUACUGCUAUUUUUUUUUAAAUCAAACAUUUCAUUUCAGAUUUAAGAAAAAGGGUAACUUGUUUUUAUUGCAUUUGCUGUUGUGUUUAUAUUAUGACUAUUGUAAUGCCAAUAUGACACAGCUUGUGAAUGUUUAGUGUGCUGCUGUUGUAUGUAAUCAAAGUGGGAUCUAGCAAAAAGGCUUCCAAGCAUUACUUUUAACCUCCCUCAACAAGGUAUACCUCAGUUCCACCUGCCGCUAAAUUGUGAAAUUGACAACACUAACAACACUGAAAUAAUAAAUUGAUCCUCAUUUUGUAAAUGAUAUAUUACAGAUCAUCGUGUUUGGGGAAAAAACAGUAAGCUGUGCUUCAUGCCAACAGUCAGUGGCCAUUCCUAAAAGUGUGUUUGCCUUCCUCGAUCUAGCUUGUGUAUAAAAAAAAAGUAUUUGUGUUUGAAAUGGCAAACUUCCCGUUUUUAGUUGAAAGCAUUAUUUUACCUCCAGUUUCCAAAAUAUUGCAUACAUUUAUUUUACUAAAUAUUAUUUAGGUUUGCUGUGUCUGAGGGUUAUUUGAAAAUUUAAGCAUGACUUUUUAAAAUUUUAUGUGAGCUGUGGCACUGGAAAGCUCUUUCUUUUGAAAUAAGCUUUUCCCGAUUUCUGUAUGUAAAUAUUCUGCCUAUUUUCUGUCUCACUAAACAGAAUACAGUUCCUACUGUGUCCCUGUUUCAGGAUCACCUCAGGAAGCCUCAUUACCCAGAACUCCUCACGCUUUGCAUUGCCUUUUGCAGCUUCACAACACUUGAUUUUGGUGCCGACUUGUCAGAGUAAUAUUUGAUGUUUGCGAUGCAUAGGUGUAUCCUAUGGUCACAAAGAACAUACAACCACACCUUUCUUUUAAAAAAAGAAUGCUUACCAUCAAAUAUGCAAUGACUUCUGUAGAUGAUGAUGUAGCACAGUAUAGCAAAAAAGAAAAAGCCCUAUAACGUUAAACCUAACUCCUGUAUUUCAGUUACAGACAUUUAAGAUAUGGAGCCUUAUAACAGCUGAAGCAAAAGAGGCAGUAUGUGAACAGGUGCCAAAGUACUUUCAAAGUAAUAAUACACUACAGUUAUUUCAUCAGUUACGUUUAUACAGGCCAAAGUUAACUUUCUAAAAUUAUGACUUUACCGAUUCAUUCAGUAGCCAGUAUUCUGAGAUUCUGGUCAGGUCACUUUUUAAAAGAUCAUGCAUUAGAUUUGUAAUGAAUUUUUUAAAUGUCACAAUCACUGUGAAUGUUCUCUUCUAAUCAGUUAUUUAUUAAACCUGUAUUUGUUUUAACAUACUAAAUCUCUGGGGACAAAGAGGAAUUAUCUAUAAAGAUGAUUUUUAUCAUUGUUUUCUGCAGCAGGGAGAAAGGUAACAGCAGAGUUGUUCAUAAGCUAACUUGGCACAUCACCUCAGAGUUCACUGUUUUUGUGUUUUGGUUUUAUGGUAGUCAUAAGAACCCCAAGCUUUAAUUGGGAAACAUUAUGUUGGGCAAAACUUGCUCAUUAUUGACAAUGCGGGCAAGGGACUAUUGCUUAUACUGUGUUUGGAUUGCGUAAUACUUUUAAAAAAAUCUUGUGUGUUAACCACAACUCAAGACGUCUUGGCCGAAAAGAUCUGAAUUUUUUAAUGGUCGAUUAUUGAUUUAAUAUAUCUGAUUUUUCCUCAGGUGGGAGUGUUUGCUAGGAUGUACAUGCAGGAACAGCAUCAUUGGUUGUCCAAAAGCAUGUAAAUACAUGCACCCUUUUUCAUUUGAAAACAUAAAUUCAACUUUUUUGUACGUGAAAAUCUGUUUGGUUUUCAUAAAGCAACUUUUCCGUCAAACGUCCAUGACCCCUGAGGAAACUUUUUAUGUAAUUUUGUGAAUACGCGUCUAUUUGCAGGUCAUAUAGGGGAAAUAAUCAAAACAGACAAUCAAACUGGGUAAUGCAUCUUCAUACUUAUCCCAAUGCUUUUGAAAGUCCCAGAGUUCAGAUUUUUAAAGAGAAUACCACCACAUUAUUCACAAAUGGAAUAUAGCUUUUUUAUACUGAUCUCGUUAAGCUGUUGCUGACCUGUCUCGAUCCAUAUUUAAAACGCCGUCUUGCAGGGAUUCGCAGCACCUUUUGUUUCCAACUUUACAGUGCAGUAAACGUAGAGGUGGCCAAGUUUCAAAUGCUUGCGUGAAGACCAAUAAAUAAAAGUCAACAUCUAAAGUCAGAGCUAGGGAAGAUGUUCUGCUUUCGGGCAGAUAUUGUGAACAUUGUUGCUUUUACGUGUUUGAAUCAUACAGCUUGUGUGGAUAUGGCCAGCUUUGGUGGUUUACCUUGUAUUUUUGACUUGUGAAGAAAAGCUAGGCCGCCGGCUCAAGUUUUCAGUCGUCUUUGGCUUGCCUGUGUCUACUUAGUUGGCUGCCAUAUAAUUGCCACAGGAUUUAACAGAUUAGCCAGUUUUUGUGAUCAAUUCAAAGUCUCAGCCCUGCAGUACUUUCAGUUUGUGUUAGAUGCUAAGGAUUUUAUAUCCCAUGAUGCAUGACGACUCUCUGUACAGUUGCUACUAAAUAUUAACUUAGCAUUUUGGAACAGAUUGUGCCUCGUAAUUGUCGGCGUUCUUGAGCUAGCGUUCUCAUUCAUGGUGGUAUUCUGAAAACGAGUUUGAAUUGAAAUACACAACUUUGUACCUUUGAUAGCAGAAUCCGUGUGGCAUAACUAAAGUGUAACCAGAUGUAGUAGUAAUAAAUAUUUGUUCAUACUACAGUUCUACAGGAAAAAAAUUGCUGAUUGUAGUUUAACAAAGUGAGGUGACUGGUUGGUUGACCUUUUUUCCAGUUUUCUCUUUUUAACCUUUUUUAAUGCAUUUUAUUAGGAAUAUUUGGUAUAAGGUGCAGAAAGCUAUGUACAGGCUUACGGGCAAAAUGAUAAAAACAGUAUCCUUGUUGGGACACCAUUUACCUCAAGAUACUCAACCAGCAGUACUAUUAAUUUUUUUUUUAUGCACACUCAGUCCAUAACGAUCUGUUACCUCUCAAGAUAUCGGUAAGCAAUUGUUUUAGCUUUACUCUGUACUUGUCAGUGUUCUGGACACAGGUUGUUGUACUACUGUUGACUUGCAGUUUUAGCAAGUAUUUAAAAAACAAACACAUCCCAUCCUGGAUAAAAGUGAUUGUUAAAUAUUGUAUAAAUUGUAUGCUCUUUCCCUAUUCCCACAGAAAGAGGAAUAAAAAAAUUAAGUGAC